CUGACUGGUUGGGUGAACCAUUAAAUCAGAACAACGCUGUCUUUUCUAAAAGAAAAUUUAACACAAUUGAAACCUUUUUUGACCUUGGGAGUUACUGACAACAGCAGCUUUGCUCAGUUGGACACAAACAAAAACUUUGAUUCAAAUAAUUGAUCGUGUGGCUCAAAGUCUCGAGUUUGUUCGAUAAUUGUGCCUUUUGGGAUGCCAUAGUGGAGAGAAGAGCCCGGAAGCUGGCUGUAUCUGGCACUGUGUCAAGAAGUGGCUCCUACGUGUUGCGGAGGUCUCGCUGGGAUGGAGAGUGAUCCAGGACCUGUCCUCACACGUGACUGUUUAAUCUACAUCUUCACUUACCUGGAGGCUGACGAUUUGAGACGGGUUUCUCAAGUGAACGAGGCUUGGAAUGAUGCUGCAGAAACACCCUGGUUGUGGAGAAGAUUGUGCUUGGAGCGCUGGAUCUUCUGCAAUCUCUCCAGUACAGAUAGUGAAAUAAACUCCUGGAAAAAUUAUUAUUUACAUCGUUCCAAAACAGAGCAGCACAUGGCAUCAGGACGUAGCACUACAGACUAUAACUGCAUAACUUUCAGGGGUCACACUGACAGUAUCACUGGCCUGCAGUACCUAAGUAAUCCUGACCAUCAGUUCGAUACUGGGAUUUGUAAAUCAUUGGUGUGCACAGCUUCCAGAGACUGUACACUGCGAGCAUGGAACAUUCAGGAGGGUAAACAACUAUGGUCAACUCCAGUGCAAGAAGAACCGUUGGUGAAAUUAAUAACUGUCCCACAAAAAGACCUUGCUAUCACCACAGACUCAAAAGGAAAAAUCAAAAUUUGGCAUGGGCAGACUGGAGAUGAGUUGGCUGCAUGUGAUACUUCAUGCUCAGUUUGUCAUUUGGUGACCAGCAAUGUGAAUAACCAGCUCUACCUAACUGCUGGCACUAGAGGAGGUUCACUUAUCACACUAAGUAUUCCUAAUCUUAGCCAGAUCACUCACUUGUCAGUGAUGAAGGAUUAUCAAGUCGAUUUUCUACUGGUAUCACCAGAUCAGCAAUGGAUCAUUGCUGGUACAGAAGAAAAUAAUGAUAUCCCUGCUAAGGUGUUGCGAACAGAACUUUUAUCAAACUAUGGUAAUCUGUCACCACCACCAACAACAGACUCCUUACCACUGAAGGGUUGUUUUACAGCUUGCUGGUUACCAAAAAAAGCGUCCAGAGUGGUUACGGUAACCCACAGCAAUGUCAUGUCUUCUGAGAUCUCUAUUGUUACUCUUGAUAUCAUUCUUCAGAAAACAAAACAGAAACUGGAAAUACAAGCUAAACAGGUUGGAAAUUUCACCUGCAAGAUAGUUGGCUGGAAUAAUAAUAAUAUACUUGUUGAAGGCCAUGGAAUUAAUACCAUCAUUCUAGCACAAGGUACUGAACUGAAACUGUUUUCCAUUGAUGGUACACAUCAUGCCAGCUUUCGUCACCACAAGGAAACAAUCAGUGCAAUUUCAGUGGAUCCCUUCCGUGUGGUCACUGCAUCAAUGGAUCUGUCACUUAGAGUAUAUAUCUGGAAAAGGCAACCAAACAAAUAUCUCAAUCUUGAAAGUAAUUACCAUUUGCUGGGGGGUUCUCACUUGAGAUCCAGGGGAUUUAUAAGUGUAUUGUGUGACUAUGUAAGCAUUGUUGGUGCUGUUCAAUCAAAGGAUGGAAAAGAUGUUCUAAAAGCAUACAACUUCAAUCUAUAAAGAAUUCUUCAAUCACAAAGACUAUUGUAUUCUGUACAGCAUUAAUGUUAUGUAUUAUUUUGCAAAGUGACUAAAUUUAUGGAAUCAGACCUUUAGUUGUAACAUGUACAAAUGUACAUUACUUUCAUUACAGAUUUUCGAUUUAGCUGUGUAUUUUAUGUUGAUUCUGGCAAGCUGAAAAUAAAUCAGCUUUCAUCUUUGCAGUGGCUGCCAUCAUGUGUACACUUGCCCCAUAAGAUGAUUCCCAAGUAACAUUUUAGUGUGUGAGGGAACUUAUACAAUAAUGUAUAAAAACCAAAAGAACUGUGGAUGCUGAAAAUCAAGAACAAAAACAAAGUUGCUAGAAAAGUUCAGCAGGUCUGGCAGCAUCUGUGAAGGAAAACAAACAGAGUUAACCUUUUGGGUCCAGUGACCCUUCCUCAGAACCUUUUCCAGCAACUUUGUUUUUGUUAUAAAAUAAUGAAUUAAUAUUAAUGGAUGGGCUAAAAAAAAAAACUGCUGCCAAUUCUUUAGUAAUUUCACAACUUAGCCUUCUCUUCAGAAUGCCCUGGACAUCACUUAAAAUAGUAACCCUUUGCACAAACGUUGGUUAAGAUUUUGGUGCUGAAGUAAUGGCAAGAUUAACGUGCAUCAUUAUUCAUGUGUGAAACAUCAAAGAACUUGGGGGUAAAGGCAGACGUUGUGAAUUAAGAACUGCUACAAUUUGUUGGACCAGCUUGUGCCACUCCAUCAGCCCCUUAAUGGAACAUUGAAUGUAACUUUUUAUGCUUCACAAAAUGCUGUAUUUUCAAAUUAAUUGCCAAUGGUAGAAUAGGAGGACUGGUAAUUAACAAUGUACCUAAUAUUAUUACAGAUGAGUUUCUGUAAUAUUUUGAGUUUUUGUAAUAAUAUUCCUGUCUACAAAGAGAAUUAAAAUUAUGAAUUAUUCCUGCAAAUAGUAAGUUAUUACUUUUAACAAUUCUUACCUUUCUUUUGCACCUUUUCUUAAUCCAUGUUUGGAUCUUUUUAUUUCUUACUUUCCCAAAUUUCACUCAUUAAUUUGAUUUCCUGUCAUUCCAGUUACUUUUUCAAAUUCUUAAAUCCAUUAGUAAGGGCAUAAACUGUCAGAUCCCAUCAUUCAUCACAAUCCUAGAUGGCCCAAUGCUCUGGUGGUGCUAUUAUUGACGAGCACAGCACAAAAUAUUUCCAAGUCGGAUCAAUUUUUAAAAAAAAUUCAACUAUCAAAACACAAUCCUGAAUGCUCUAUUCCAUCAAUAUCUGGGUCAUUGUCCGUAUAAAGGAUCUAAAAGUCAGGAACAUCUUGUUCUGCAAAAUACUUUCCACACCUAUCUAUCCCAUUUAUAAAUUAUAGACUUAAUGUUUAUAAAUGCACUAUGUAUUAC